GGGCUUGGUGCCCCUUCUCUGUCUUGCAGAACAAUGCCAUCCUCCAUCACAUGGUGCCUCCUCCUGCUGGCCGGCCUGUGCUGCCUGGUCCCCAGCUCCCUAGCUGAGGAUCUGCAGGGAGACGCUGUGCAGGAGACACAUGCAACUGCACAUGAUGAGGAACACCUGCAGGAGCCAGCCGAACACAAGAUUGCCCCGAACCUGGCUGACUUCGCCUUCAGCCUGUACCGCCACGUGGCCCAUCAGUCCAACACCACCAACAUCUUCUUCUCCCCAGUCAGCAUCGCGACCGCCUUCGCGUUGCUCUCCCUGGGAGCCAAGGGCGACACUCACACCCAGAUCCUGGAGGGCCUCAGUUUCAACCUCACUGAACUAGCUGAGGCUCAGAUCCACGAGGGCUUCCAGCAUCUCCUGAACGCCCUCAACCACUCAGACAAUCAACUGCAGCUGACCACGGGCAAUGGGCUGUUCAUCGACGAGAGUGCAAAGCUACUGGAUAAGUUUUUGGAAGACGUCAAGAACCUGUACCACUCAGAAGCCUUCUCCAUCAACUUCGGGGACACUGAAGAGGCCAAGAAACAGAUCAAUGAUUAUGUAGAAAAGGGAACCCAAGGAAAAAUUGUGGAUUUGGUCAAGGAUCUUGACAAAGACACAGUUUUGGCUCUGGUGAAUUACAUUUUUUUUAAAGCCCACCCGAGAACGCCCUCCUCAUCGGGCCUUGCUCCCAGGCCGGGGUGGGGAUCCUCCCGACCCUGCUCAGAACAGGCCUCUGUGCCCUCUCCCCUCCAGGCGCUGCACAAGGCCGUGCUGACCAUUGACGAGAAAGGCACUGAAGCUGCCGGGACCACGAUGUGGGAAAUCAUGCCCAUAUCGUUACCCCCAGAUCUGAAGUUCAACAGGCCCUUUGUCUUAAUCAUCUACGAUAGAAACACCAAGAGUCCCCUCUUCGUGGGAAAGGUGGUGGAUCCCACCCAAAAAUAACUGCCUCUCUGGUUCAGCCCUCCCCUCUCUGGCCAGGUCCCCACCCCAGACUACAUUAAAGAAUGGUUGACCUGGCACAA